ACGUGAGACAGGAGCGAGUUGAGGCGAGGCCCCCGAAGGAGAGUGUCUGGGUUCGGCUACCUGCGGAAGGGACGGCAUGACUCUACCGCAGCCAGGCACGGUCAGACUUAAAUCUGGAGACCACGGUGUUUCUCUGACACGAUUUACUAUGAACACGAAAACAAGAGUUGAUUGAGUGCGAAGUUAGCAUACGACGCCAGUUUGAUGUGGCGUUAGGCCCGGAAAGCCCCCGGUUUUUAAGCAUUCGGCCACAAGCCGAUCCUUCCUAGAUCGCUUUACAGUAUCAGUAUGUAUACGCGAGUGAACAAAUGUGGCGAGUGCAAUGUGCACUUUUAAUUUAGAUACGAGCAUGUGUAAUCUUCAUAAAUGUACAAACAUUUAGCUCUAUAUAUGAUGGAUUGGGCAUUUAGGCGUGGUUAAAUUAAUGUAAAAGCAAUUUGUUCACCGCUUUCUGUUUAGAUGACAGUCGGUUUUCCAGUCAGAUUGAAAGCACUAAUAGCAUGCUUCCGUAUUAAAAAGUGAGUGGAUAGCAUGUCAGGACCAGCAGGAUCUAGUAUUAAUGUGCCAGUUAUUGCGGCGGCUGGUACCACAGCUUUUAUAGUUUUGCAGGUUAUGAUCGCAUGUGAUGGAGGACGUGAAUCCCGUAAACGCCGAGGACUCCCUUAUAGAAGGCGUUAGUGACUCUGUCCUCGCUGUAGUCGUUUUAUGCGUUGCUUUUCUGGGUGGACUCGUGACACUUGUGUGCAGAACUGAGCAGAAUAUCCACCCAGAGAACCAGGAGCAUGUGCAAGCCAUCCGUCAGCAUCUUCAGUCAGACCAGGACGUGCCCACAGAGCCUCGGCAGCCCUUCUACACAGACAUGUCAUGUCCCAUCUGCCUGCAGCAGGCCUUGCUGCCUGUGGAAACAAACUGCGGCCAUCUUUUCUGUGGUUCCUGCAUUAUUGCAUAUUGGCAGUAUGGAUCCUGGCUGGGUGCCAUUAAUUGUCCCAUCUGCAGACAAACGGUCACCCUGCUGUUCCACCUCUUCCGACAUGAUAGCCAGCCCGCUGAGGUUCCGGACGGUCAGCCGGAUCCGGGCCGGAUCUUGGAAGACAUCAAUGACUACAACCGUAGAUUUUCAGGCCAGCCUAGAUCUCUGAUGGACCGCCUGCGUGAUGUGCCCACCCUGCUCCGGCAUGCCUUCAGGGAGAUGUUCUCCGUGGGUGGGCUCUUCUGGAUGUUCCGUAUCCGCAUCCUGCUGUGCCUGAUGGGGGCGCUGACCUACCUGGUGUCCCCGCUGGACUUCGUCCCCGAGACCCUCUUUGGGCUGCUGGGCUUCAUGGAUGAUCUCUUUGUCAUCCUGCUGCUUUUCAUCUACAUCUCCAUCAUGUACCGUGAGGUGGUCACCCAGCGGCUGGCAGGCUGACAUGGAGCCCUCGAGACUGAGCCCAAAUCAGUGAUUACUUCACAGCUGGAAUUUUUGUCGGAGGAACCUGCGUUGUAUCUGUGUGAGCAGUUUGAACCUCUGUAACUGUUUUUGCCAGAUCCUGGUGGCAUGAACCCCCCCCUCUCACCCUCCAUGUGUUUUUUGUUUACUGCUUUCUCCCGGAUGCCGAUGGCUUUGAACCUGCUUGGCUUCACUUUUAUGUUAGAUUGUAAUUAAGUUAUUUCUAGAAUGCCGCUCCACGUUAGCACAGGAAAAGAGCGUGGAGUUCAGGCUGCUCCAUCCCCUCUAGACAGUGGGACUCCCCGCCUGCCGUCUGAGGCAGAUGUUUUGAAGUACAGUUGAAGCUUCGUGAAUUUGUGCGAUGGGGAGAUGUCGUGCUCAGGCUUCCUGGCAGCUGACAGUGUUUCUGCCGACGGUGCCAUGACUGUUUUGGCAGUGAUGACUCCCAGGGCAGUGCAAACAUCUCAAUUUUUAUUUUGUUGUUUUGAAAUAAAGCCUAUUCCGAAUUGUAA